CCUGUUCUCAGCUGUACGGGAGGAGCUGAGGGGAACAUCCUCGGCUUCGGGGAUACUGUCGGGGUCAUGGUCACCCGCUGAAAGGACCCGCUUCGUGGAGGAGGGUGGCGCAGCCGUUCCACUGCAGCCUUCCCCGGGCCCUCGGCCGGUUGUCCUGGCCCUCGGCCUUCCCGCUUGGUGUAGCCACGGCCACUGCCGGCUGAGGAGGGGCGAUGAGUUGGUUCAACGCCUCCCAGCUCUCCAGCUUUGCUAAGCAGGCCCUGUCCCAAGCCCAGAAGUCCAUCGACAGGGUCCUGGACAUCCAGGAAGAGGAGCCGAGCGCCUGGGCCGAGACCAUUCCAUACGGAGAGCCGGGAAUAAGUCCCCCUAUUAGUGGAGGAUGGGAUACCUCAACCUGGGGGUUAAAAUCAAACACUGAACCUCAGAGUCCACCAAUAGCCUCUCCUAAAGCAAUUACAAAGCCAGUUCGGAGAACUGUGGUAGAUGAAUCUGAAAAUUUCUUCAGUGCCUUUCUCUCUCCAUCGGAUGUUCAAACCAUUCAGCAGAGUCCAGUGGUAUCAAAACCUCCAGCUAAAUCUCAGCGACCAGAAGAAGAAGUGAAAAGCACCUUACACAAACCUUUGCACACUGGGCAGUCAAGAACUACUGAAGCAAAUGAACCAAAAGUGAAACAACCUUCUUUGUGUGUAUCAGGGGAAACUCUGGCAGUAGAUACUCCAUCAUCUAAAACUGAAGAUAAGCAUGAAGAAACUGAUAAUAAAGAAUCUGAUGUGAAGCUGCCAACUGUACAUUUGAAAGUAUCUGAAAGUGUGAUUAAUGUAAAAACAACCACAGAAGGUGUAGCUAAUACAUCUACACAGUCUCUCCCAACAGAAACAAAGGACACAGCUUUGGAACCUAAGGAACAAAAACAUGAAGACAGACAGAGCAAUACACCCUCUCCUCCUGUUAGUACUUUCUCAUCAGGUACAUCUACCACCAGUGAUAUUGAAGUUUUAGAUCAUGAAAGUGUAAUAAGUGAGAGCUCAGCGAGUUCAAGACAAGAGACUACAGAUUCAAAAUCAAGUCUUCACUUGAUGCAGACAUCUUUUCAACUUCUCUCUGCAUCUGCUUGUCCUGAAUAUAAUCGUUUAGAUGAUUUCCAAAAACUCACUGAGAGUUGCUGCUCAUCUGAUGCUUUUGAAAGAAUAGACUCAUUUAGCGUACAGUCAUUAGAUAGCCGGAGUGUAAGUGAAAUCAAUUCAGAUGAUGAAUUGUCAGGCAAAGGAUAUGCUUUAGUGCCUAUUAUUGUUAAUCCUUCGACUCCAAAGACUAAAAUAAUUGAACCUGUUGAAGGAAAAUCUGAAGAAGAAGCAAAUGAAACAUUAAUUAUACCCACCGAAGAAGCAGAAAUGGAAGAAAGUGGACGAAGUGCAACUCCUGUUAACUGUGAGCAGCCCGAUACCUUGGUAUCCUCUCUACCACUGCAUGACGGAGGGGCUGUCUUAGACAAGGUGGCUGAGCAGUGUGAAGCUCCUGAAAGUCAGCCAGAAGCACCUUCUGAGAAGGAAGAUGUUUGCAAGACAGUUGAAUUUCUGAAUGAGAAACUAGAAAAAAGAGAGGCUCAGUUAUUAUCUCUUAGUAAAGAAAAAGCACUUCUUGAAGAAGCUUAUGAUAACCUGAAAGAUGAAAUGUUUAGAGUGAAAGAAGAAAGCAGUAGCAUUUCCUCCUUGAAGGAUGAGUUUACUCAAAGAAUUGCGGAAGCAGAAAAGAAAGUUCAGCUGGCUUGCAAAGAGAGAGAUGCUGCUAAAAAGGAAAUAAAAAAUAUUAAAGAAGAACUUGCCACUAGAUUAAAUAGUAGUGAGACUGCAGACCUUUUGAAAGAGAAGGAUGAGCAGAUCAGAGGGCUAAUGGAAGAAGGAGAAAAACUUUCCAAACAACAGCUGCAUAAUUCUAACAUCAUCAAGAAAUUAAGAGUUAAAGACAAAGAAAAUGAAAAUACUAUUGCGAAGCUGAACAAAAAAGUUAAAGAGCUGGAAGAGGAAUUGCAACAUUUAAAACAGGUCCUUGAUGGCAAAGAAGAGGUUGAGAAACAACACAGAGAAAAUAUUAAAAAACUAAAUUCUGUGGUAGAACGCCAAGAGAAAGAUCUUGGUCGCCUUCAAGUAGACAUGGAUGAAUUGGAAGAAAAGAACCGGAGUAUUCAGGCUGCUCUGGAUAGUGCAUACAAAGAACUUACUGAUCUUCACAAAGCCAAUGCUGCAAAGGAUAGUGAGGCACAGGAAGCUGCUCUGAGUCGUGAAAUGAAAGCUAAAGAAGAACUUUCUGCAGCACUGGAGAAGGCCCAAGAAGAAGCUCGUCAGCAGCAAGAGACAUUAGCGAUUCAAGUGGGAGAUCUUAGGUUGGCACUGCAACGUGCAGAACAAGCAGCAGCCAGAAAAGAAGAUUAUUUACGCCACGAGAUCAGUGAACUUCAGCAGAGACUCCAAGAAGCAGAGAAUCGAAACCAAGAACUGAGUCAAAGUGUUUCAUCAACAACGAGACCAUUACUUCGACAAAUAGAAAAUUUACAAGCAACUCUAGGGUCCCAGACAUCGUCGUGGGAGAAGCUAGAGAAGAAUCUUUCUGAUAGGCUUGGUGAAUCCCAGACCUUGUUGGCAGCAGCAGUGGAAAGAGAACGUGCGGCUACAGAAGAACUCCUUGCCAACAAGAUCCAGAUGUCUUCUGUGGAGUCACAGAAUUCUCUCUUAAGACAAGAAAAUAGUAGAUUUCAGGCCCAGCUAGAAUCAGAGAAAAAUAAGCUAAGAAAACUGGAAGAUGAAAAUAAUAGGUACCAGGUUGAAUUAGAAAACCUAAAAGAUGAAUACGUAAGAACACUUGAAGAGACAAGGAAAGAAAAGACUCUGUUGAAUAGUCAGUUAGAAAUGGAAAAAAUGAAAGUUGAACAAGAAAGAAAGAAAGCCAUUUUUACUCAAGAAGCAAUAAAAGAAAAGGAACGGAAGCCAUUUUCUGUUUCUAGCACUCCCACCAUGUCACGCUCAAGUUCAAUAAGUGGAGUUGAUAUGGCAGGACUACAGACAUCUUUCCUAUCUCAGGAUGAAUCUCAUGAUCUUUCAUUUGGACCAAUGUCUGCAUCAGCAAAUGGAAGCAACCUUUAUGAUGCUGUUAGGAUGGGCGCAGGAUCAAGCAUCAUUGAAAAUCUGCAGUCUCAGCUAAAGCUAAGGGAAGGAGAAAUUGCUCAUUUACAGCUGGAAAUUGCCAAUCUAGAAAAAACCCGAUCAAUAAUGGCCGAAGAACUAGUCAAAUUAACAAAUCAAAAUGAUGAACUUGAAGAGAAAGUGAAGGAAAUACCUAAACUUCGAACUCAGCUAAGAGAUUUGGAUCAAAGAUACAAUACUAUUCUGCAGAUGUAUGGGGAAAAAGCAGAAGAGGCAGAAGAACUUAGAUUGGAUCUUGAAGAUGUAAAAAAUAUGUACAAGACUCAAAUAGAUGAACUUUUAAGACAAAGGCUCAGUUAACUUCUGAAAAUUGAAUUCCUUCCAAACUGAAUGUACAUGUUUAAUAUCUAAAUGCAGACUUCCAAUAAAUUCUUUUAUAGAAUUUGAAAAUGAGAUUUACUGUAGAGUGCAAAAAUUUUCUUAAAUAUUGUUUUAUAGUAUAUAGCAAUAUUUGCAGUUAAAUUAUUUUGUGCAAUAUUUGAACUUUAUUUUUGAAACUAUUCUUUAAAGAUUUAUUUUUUAAACCAUCCAAUUUUUUUUGUUUGCCUUGAAUAGCACAGAGAUUUAUUAUUUUGUCCUUUUAUCAACAUGGCCAGGUAAGAAGAAUAGUGUUCAUAUAUAUAUUGUAGAUGUCUAAUUAACUGUAUCUAUAAUUUGUAUGUGUUUGUAUAUAUUGAGAUCAUUUAAAGAGUAAUAUUAACAUAUUGGAAAACUUUAUCCUUCAAUAUAUCUAAUUAUUACUCAUGAAAAUAUACAUUAGGUAUUCAAGUAAAAAAGUUAUUAAACCUGUGGUUAUUAAAUUUUAAACUUUUUUAUUUCUUUUAAAAGCAGAAGUCACACUGACACUAUCUAAAAUUUGAAAAGUGAAUAAUUUAUACUUUGAAAAGUUUUUUGGAUUGAAAAUUUAUUAUGCCCACCUUCCACACUUGUACAAAUUCUGGUACUGUCUGGUGAAAGAGGUACAUAUUCAAAGUUUCCUAAGCUAAUUGGAUAGUGGAAAAAGUUUGUAAUGAUAAUGUGAGGGCAUCAGUGACAUUUAGUGAUUUUUGAAGAGAUGUUUUACUGCCUUAUAAGAUGAAUCAAAAGCAGUGAAGUUAUUAAGAUAAUUUAAUCUUUAAAAAUUACUUGUUCACAUUUUGUGAAUCUGUAUCUCUGGCACAUUAAAAAUGAAUGUUUUGUAUAACAGACUAUAGAACAAAAUACAGGCUGAGUAUCUCUAGUCCUAAAUCUAGAAUGCUUCAAAAUCUGAAGCAUUUGCACCUAAGUGAGACAAGUAGAAAAUUUUACACCUGAUCUAUGUGACAAAUGGCAGCUAAAACGCUGUAAUACAAAAAUACUGAAUUCAGUGGGGUACAGGCAAUGUAUAAGCUGUAUAUGAAAAAUAAGUGAAGUUCAUGUUUAGAUGGGUUCUCACUAUGCAUAUUUAGAUAUUCCAAAAUGUAAAACAUUUGAAACACUUUUGGUCCUAGGUAUUUUUGGAUAAAGGAUACUCAACCUGUAGAAAGAUUUAAAAAUAAAUUUAAAUUUGGCAUUUUUACAAUUCUAUGUAAUUUAUUAUUUUACUUUUUUCUUGAAACAUCACAAAAAUAGUAUGGGAUGACUUUAGAAGAUAGGUAUGUGUUUUUCAAAAUGUUAUUUCCCUGAGAAGUUAACUAGAAUGUUUUGGACCUGUGAACUGUUGGUUUGUUGGAAAAGUCAUGACAUAUUUUUUGAUUUUCUAUGCAAAAAUGUGUCAUGACUUUUUCAGCACCCUAAUAUCUUGAUACAUUUUAUUACCAACAAUCGUUUAACUGCUUUUACUUGCAUGAAAAAAAAAA